CCCGCGCCCUCAACCCAUCAGUCGAGGUCAAUCAGGUUCAAUCAGCCGCUUCUUCAGCAGCCAAGCAAGGGACCUCCGCGCACCAGCUUCUGGAAUCGAAAGCUGUACCUAGAGAAUGGCCCAGAUUCGUACUUAUCGAGUACACCAGCCACCAAAGGCUCCGCGGAAAUACCCAAAGUUGACGGAAAUCCUGACAGCGGGAAUUGGCACCUUAAGUAUUCCGCCGCCUUAUCUCUACAUAGCAAGGAUAGUGGGUCCUUCUGUAUCUUGCAUCACCCGCUCCCAGGUCUACUCUCUAUCUUUGGACCAUCUUACUCUCCGAUUCACGCUGGCCUCUCUUCCCACAAGAUAAGGCCCAUUGCGUCCAAUGUCAUCCUUGUAUUGCCCUGCAUCGAGCACAUUUUCACCAGCCACAUUUUAAAGUGAGGCUGAGCUGAAAAGAUAAGAACCGCACCGUCUGCCAUUCACAUGGCAGCGAGCAGAGACGCAUGCAACAGUAGCAGACAAGCCCGCGGCGAGAACAAGCGCAAGCAAUCAGGGCCAAUCUGAUCUUGAUGACGGCCCUCAAUCUCCCGAUUCGGUUGGCGUCGUUGCCGUCAUAUGAAAUCUGGGCUCCAAAUGCCGAUGCUUGGCAUCUCAGUUGUGGCAUCACCUCAGCUGUUACAAGAUGGCAUCAAUAUAUCUAUCAGCCUACUUUCAUGUUGAGCUAAGCCAAGGGUUCGGUGGCAAUCCAUGGUUGCUCUUGGGGUUUGCUGAUAGACAGGAAACACAGACAUAUGCCUGCAUUUUACACCCUAGCCAGGUCAACCACCGUGAAUUGCUAUUCUAGACUCCUGAAACCGUUAGCAGCUGCGCUUUCAACACCCAAUUGCCUCUGCCGGAUCUUUUCUUGUACAGCGCCUCCUCGAUCUUGGGAGGGGCAGGUUCCUUGAUGAUCCUGAGUUUACCCCAUGGGGAUGCUAUCUAAUCGCAAAAGUGUCCGUAUGCUGAGAUGAUUGAUUCUCACCUGGAUUGUCAUAUUUUUGACCUACCAAGUCAGAGCGGAACCUGCCAUCGUCGUUAUCAGUGGCCAAGCCCCCAUCCGACCGCUGUAGAGGCGUUCUGGGACCGGCAUUGCCCCCAGCCAAGCGCCCUCCUUAUCAGCCCACCCAAUUUUCAUCCCACUCUUGUGGCACCAAGUCGGCCUGAUCCGGGGUCGCUAGACGCAUCCAUCCUGGCUCGGCUCUGUCCGGCCUGGCAAAACUCUAUCGGUUUCCACUAUGGCAAGUCGUCCAAAUGCGGGAUUCACAUGGGGGUUUGAGUCCCGUUAACGGCCAUUUUCUGCAUAUUCUGCAAGGGGUGGCUGUAGCCGCGGCUGGGGUAGAGAAUUGGCCAGUGAGCUGAUGAUAAGGUUGUCUUUUGGGCAGCUAUAUGGUAUAGAAGCAUAAGGGACUUUCGACUAGGGCAAAUUCUCGAUAAGCAACCUAUCCAUGAACUAAUUGUAUAACAUAGGGCCGACACCCAUGAGAAAAGAUCGACAUGACAUGAGUAUAUUUAGUUCCCAUUCCAAUUUCCAUCUAAACAGAGUUUCUCCAUACAGACUCAUCAGUCUGAUACCAGAGGUUGUUCGCGUCUUCACCUGUACAACGCCGACUCUGUUUCACAAUGGGUAUCAACGUCAAAUUUUCGGACCUAUACCGGGCUCCUGAGGUCAACCCGAUCACCAGGAAAGCCCGGUCGAUACCUGCCCUCAAUGUAAUCAACAUGUAUGGUCGGGUAUUUUUCUUCUCAUGGUUUGGCUUCAUGAUAGCCUUCUGGGCCUGGUACACAUUUCCACCUCUUUUGACCGUCACGAUACGAAAAGACCUCAACCUCACGGCUGCCGAGGUCGCCAACUCCAACAUUGUCUCCCUGGUCGCAACCCUCUUCGUCCGCAUGGUUGCAGGCCCGCUAUGUGAUCUCUGGGGCUCCCGAGUCGUUUUCGGCGGCGUCCUCCUGGUUGGUGCCAUCCCUCUGGGCCUCGCUCCUCUCAUCCAGAACGCAACGGGCCUCUACGUGAGCCGCUUCUUCAUCGGCAUUUUGGGUGGCGCCUUCGUUCCCUGCCAGGUCUGGUCGACUGGAUUUUUCGACAAAAACGUCGUCGGGACCGCCAAUGCCCUGACUGGUGGCUUUGGUAACGCCGGCGGUGGCAUCACCUACUUCAUCAUGCCUGCCGUCUUUGACAGCUUCGUUCACAGGAUGGGCUACACCCCUGGCCAGGCCUGGAGGCUUACCUUUGUGGUGCCCUUAGUGAUGAUCAUCGUCACUGGCGUCAGCUUGUUGCUUCUGUGUCCCGACACGCCCACGGGUAAGUGGAGCGAGAGGCAUAUGCACGCGCAGCAGAUGGUGGGCCAGGCCAGCACCACCGACGCCACAAACCAAGACAAGAUCGUCGAUGUUCCCGGAUCCAUCACCGACAAGGGCCCGAACGCGUCAAACUCGUCGGAAGGAAACAGCUUUGUGGAAGAGAAGGAGAAGACAAGGAAGGAAAAGGACGAGCAGGUCGGAGAGCUGUUGGACGCAGAGGCUGGGCGAGUGAUCAAGAGCGACGACGCUGCGGUCCAGAACACCGACACCAUCGCCAAGCCGACGUUUGGCGAGUCCCUCCGCGUGAUGGCAUCCCCGCAGACGCUCGUGCACGUUUUGACUUACUUCUGCUCCUUUGGCGGCGAGCUGGCCAUCAACGCGAUCCUGUCGUCCUACUACCUCAAGAACUUCCCCGAGCUGGGCCAGACGGGCGCCAGCAACUACGCCGCCAUCUUUGGCUUCCUCAACUUCAUUACGCGACCCCUGGGCGGCGUCGUCUCCGACCUGCUGUACAACGCCGCCGGCAGCGGGCCCCGGGGCCUGUGGCUCAAGAAGGGCUGGAUUCACGUCUGCGGCAUCGCGACGGGCGCGCUGCUCAUCCUCAUCGGCCAGCUCAACCCGCACCACCAGCCGACCAUGCUGGGGCUCGUCAUCUUCAUGGCCUUCUUCCACGAGGCCGGCAACGGCGCCAACUUUGCCCUGAUCCCGCACGUCCACCCGCACGCCAACGGCCUCGUCUCGGGCAUCACGGGCGCCGGAGGAAACCUGGGAGGUGUGGUGUUUGCCGUCGUGUUUAGGUUCGUCGGCGGCGGCACCGGCUACGCUACCGGAUUCUGGAUCAUUGGCAUCGUGCACAUCGCCAUCAACAUCGCCAUGGCGUGGAUCAAGCCGCUGCCCAAGGGGCAGAUUGGUGGUUACUGAGUGGAAUUUAAAAGGUGAUGGAUUUUUGAGUUGUUUCAUUAUCUUGGUGGCCAGUAUUGCUUGGCUAUGUUUAUGAGCGUAUUUUCUUGUCUCAUUUUUUUUCUUCUCUUCUCUUAUAAUGUUAGACAUACCCUGGCUUUGGUUUUCAAAACAAAAACAACAGGACGGGUUUAGGUAGACCCGGAUGGGCGUCCAUAGUGAACCAGAAAAAACGAUAAUGGGGGUUUUCCUGAACAUAGAACAACCGUUUGAUCAUUUUAAUUUGCUG